UGAGAACAAAAACGAACAAGAAAAUCGAGAAUCAUACGAAAUGGAGAUGAAUCUACAUAUCACGUCUUCAUCCUCGAACCCUGUAUUCAUUUGCAACCCAAUUCGUUCAAGAGAACAAAUAUCGCCACCGAAUCGACGCCAUGGAACCACCACGAGAAGAACGACGAAACCCUUUUGCGUUAAGUCGUCGGGAAGCUUGUCUGGAACCAGACAAACCCUAUCCAGUAACUGGGAUGUCUCCGGUUUCUCCCUCGGAGCUGUUACUCCUUCGCCUUCUCGGCUUCCCAGUUUCAAAGAGCUCGACACCACCAACAUGCUUCUCCGUCAGAGAAUCGUCUUCUUGGGUUCACAGGUUGAUGAUAUGACAGCAGAUUUGAUCAUAAGUCAGCUCUUGUUACUGGACGCCGAGGAUUCCGAAAAAGACAUCAAGCUGUUUAUCAAUUCUCCCGGUGGAUCUAUUACAGCCGGUAUGGGAAUCUAUGAUGCGAUGAAACAAUGCAAGGCCGAUGUAUCGACUGUUUGCUUGGGUCUAGCAGCAUCUAUGGGUGCCUUCCUGCUUGCGUCUGGUUCGAAAGGGAAGAGAUUCUGCAUGCCUAAUUCAAAAGUUAUGAUCCAUCAACCCCUUGGAACAGGCGGAGGCUCAGCAACGGAGAUGAGCAUACGGAUAAGAGAAAUGAUGUAUCACAAGAUUAAGCUGAACAAAAUCUUCUCAAGGAUCACUGGGAAGCCUGAAUCACAGAUCGAAGCAGACACAGAUCGUGAUUAUUUCUUGAAUCCGUGGGAGGCGAAGGAAUACGGGUUGGUGGAUGGAGUCAUCGAUGAUGGCAAACCGGGACUUGUUGCACCUGUUGGUGAAACCACUCCUCCGCCUAAAACAAAGGUUUGGGAUCUCUGGAAAGUCGAAGGAACCAAGAGAUCCUUGAAGAAUUUGCCGUCUGAACAGACCACCUUACAGAAUGGUAAUGGCAACAAAGGAGGGACGGAAGAAGAUAACUAAGUGACACAAAACACCUCCUCUUGUAUAAGAAUUUCUGCCUUUGCUGCUUUAUGAUUCUUCUGUUAGAGUUAGCCAUUCUGAUACAAUUGGCAUUUUCUAUGUUUGUGAUGUUUCUCAGAUAGAUUUCAGAAAAAAUUCUAAGGAAGAAUGCUCCAUUACAACCUUAAA